AUCCGCCCUGUUACUCACCAUCUUCAGUACCUCUCUCGCCCACUCCCACUGAGGUACUCAACUCAACCCUCAACGCCUCAGGCCUUCUCUCGACGCGACCCUAUACAACUCUAGAACAUCAUUACACCAUGGCUGCUGCCUGAGCUUCUUUCCACCCCUGGCCGAAUAAGACAUCACCCCCGCGUGGACCUGUCUGCUGAGAGACAUCUCUGACUGUCACCGUCCGUACUGCUGCACCAGAUUAGCCACCCGUCGCCCUCCCGUGAUGGCUCCCACAAGUAUUCGCCUCUCCGAACCCCAGCAGCCAUAACCGCCCUUGAUUCCCCGCAGCCUAGCUCUUGUCAUACCUACCCAAGUGCUUCCUGCACGCCCUUGUCUCCCCGGAGGCUCCCAUUCACACCAUGCAGCCGCAGUCGCAUUCACGACAACCCCCGCGGACCGCUUCGGCCGCCAACAAUCUUCAGACCAACCCCUCCCGCACAAACAACCAGCGGGAUCCUACUCCAGAACGCUCCUCUCCUUACUCGGAUUCCCCUUCCUAUGGUGACAGAGCUGUCGAAGAAGGUGACGGCGAAAUGGUACCACGGUCAGAGCAGGUAUCCGAGUCGGAGCAGAAGAACCAUCAGAAGGUGAACCAGGUGAUACAGAACUUCUUCACCAAAGCAGCCCUCACUAUCGUCUCAUCUCGCAUGAUCUUGCCCCAAAGCUUCAACAACAAAGGUGAACUCAGGCAGAAUAAAUGGUUCAAUGUCGUUCUCGACGAAACCGAUUUGCUUGCCGAAGACCUACUCCCCUGGAAGACAAUGGACGCUAUGCAAGGACAACCUUCCCUUUGCAUCGAGAUAUAUCUAGAUAUCAAGGGACUCGGACAUAAACAGUCGCUAGUCGUGCAUGAUGGCGAUGGAAAGCGCUGGGAUGUUGGUGAGGCUCUGAAUGUCCCAGUAGACUCCACCUCACGAGCAUCGAGUCGCACGACGAGGUCAACACAACUGGUACUAGAACGCUGGAAGGUACACGUUGGUGACAAAAACUCAGUCCACCCCUCGGAGUUGAGGGAUCCGCUACCCAACGUCUACAAGAAGGCGGUCGUUCUGUUCCGAUCUCUCUAUGCAUACUUGCGAUUCCUACCGGCCUUCAAGUAUCACAAAAGUAUAGCGAAGCAACCAGCUAACCAUCCCUCUUUGAAGUUAAACUAUCGCAUCUCCAAUGGCGAUUUCAAAAGCCCGCGACCAGACACACUCCGCGUCCCAUUGCAUCCAUCAUCAGAGAACGUCACCGAAACCCAAGAAUUUACACCCUCAAACUCCCCAGUUGGUCCCCUCUGUGUAUCCGUAGAGUACCGAACAAACUGCGAUUUCAGCAUUUCUGACUCGGAGUCGAUGCUGAGCUCCCAUUUCAUGGGGCUUGACGACAGCUAUCUGGAGCAGGCCACCCGUGAGCGAGGUCAGGUGCCUGGGUCACUACCCGUCAACAAAGUCCAACCACAGGAUGUACCAGAACUCGGCCAAGCCUAUGGCAGCAUGUCAACUUUCCAUCAAGUCGGUCCUACUGCAGGAACAAGCCCCCUGUCCGCACUUCGUGCGGCUCGCGACAUGCCGUCCAGCUCUCCCAUAGAAACCCCUCCGCAGAAGCUACCCCCUAACCAUCGGUUAGCACAGGGUUCGAAGUCAUCGCUUCGGUCAACAGAUGCACCGUCUUACCAGAGGAGAACGUCGGUGUCAUUCCAACCCUUCAAAGCUGGCUCGUUAUCAUCUUCACCUGCACCUGGGCCUGUCGUACCUCCAUCUCCAGGUAGUUCACUUGGACGUCCUAGCAGUUCCUUGGGGCGGGGAUCCACCCCCAGUGCCCUGAACCAGCCUCGCAAUCGAACUUCCUUGACCGCUCUGCCACAGACUGCCCUCCGAGCUCCUUCGCUGCCAAAUGAGACUGCCAUCGCUUCGUCGGCUUCAAGUUCACCGAAGCCAGCACCCAUCACCCGGUACAGCAGCAGCUUUGGACACAGACGAAGUCGAUUUUCGUCAGGAGGCGGCAGCAAGACCGAAGAUGAUAACCUCAGUAGCGGCAAAGGCAGCAUAGCCUCGUCGCAACAACCCGGCUCGGAUGUUCUCAAUGAGGGCGAGGGCGCCAGUUCUGGCUCGAUCAAAACAGACGAUGAGAAUAUUUCAGACUUCCUGAAGCUCCUCGAACAAAAGAAGGAUUUGAAGAGUUUCAACAGGAAUGACAAUGCAGCAAAGGACGCCACUAUGCGAAGGACAACCGCUCAGCUUAACAAGUACCAGCGUUUGAGAGAUUCGCAUGCCGCUCUGUCAGACUCCGUUUCUUCAUCAAUGCUUCUACAUCGAUCUUCUUCUUCUUCUAGCCGCCAGCUCUCCAGCGUGCCUCAGAUGAUUGCUGGUACUUCGGUGUCCACGUCGUCAUCCCCCGGAAAGCCAAUUUCGCCUCAUACACCACAUACCCCAGCGAUCCCGUCACGUCUGAGUGCUAAUAGCAUCAUUGAAUACGAGCCUCGACGCAGUCGAAGUAGGCCAAGCCAUGCAACCCAAGGGCAGGGCAUAAGCGAAGAUCGAGAUCGAGAACGAGGUGAUGGAGAUGAUCAGGGGACAAAUGCUAUUGACAUCCCUACAUCGCCCCGACCCUGGAACUAUAUCCGAAGGUCGAGCUCUGCUGCACAACAGAACCGCGCAUUGGAAGAUGAGCCCGACCUGUACGGCCUUCGAUCGGCCAGUCUGCCACCAGAAGAUGUGGAGCGAGCAACAGACCCGCAGCGAGCCGCUACCGCAGACCUCACGUCCAGUGGACUGUUUGCGCAGACUGAGCUCCUUGCCAGCGCGGAGCGUGGCGACGAAGCUACUGACAACCUAGACCAACCUGAUUCUCGAGAUGAUCUGCCGCGCCCCUCGUCGACAUCGGACAUUCCAUCGAAUCGAGGUAACCGCACAGUCAGCAGCAAUCGAGGGCGUGGGGGUUUGGUAUCGCAUCAUGGAUCCUCUACAAGUCUAACGACGGGUGGUACCAGCUCUACCGAACGCCAAAGUCGGUAUAUGUUUCCCAGUCGCCAGGUUGCCGCGGCCGACGAUGACGAACCCUUACUAUUCCAAAUGAGCGAAAUAGGCCCAGGAUCGAGACGCAGCAUUGAAGAGGGAAGGGGUGGAUCCAGCUCGGGGAGCAACGCGCGACGAGGUUCGCCUUGGUUCCGCUAGGCCCUUCCCUAUUUUGCUUGUGUCUCGAUCGUCAUCACCAUGGUUCUU